AACGUCUGCGCAACGCCAGAGACGCCCUAGGUGUCCGGAUAGUCGUCGCAUUCCGAUAAGAGACACCCGUUCCGCACAAACGUACGGAGGGUCCAGAACGCCAUCCGACGGAAAAUGAUUAUUGCCGCGCUUUCAUUACCGCUCCUUUUGGUAUGUGCGGCCAUCGCACUUUUUGCUGUGUGGUUGAAACGCGCCGACGGCGACUUGACACUGCUAUUCUGUGAAAAGUUCGGGACUUCCCUGCAAGGCAAGGUGAUAUGGAUUACAGGUGCAUCCAGUGGCAUUGGGGAGUGGCUUUCAUACAAGCUGGCUAAAGUGGGUGCCAAGCUCGUUAUUUCUGGCACAAAUCGGCAAAGGCUGCAAGCGGUUCAUGACAGAUGUUUGGAACUUAACAGUCACUGUGAAGUACUGGUCUUGCCAUUCAAUUUGGCUGACAUUUCGUGUCAUGCUGAUCAAUUCAAGAAGGUCUUGGACUGUUAUGGAGCUGUAGACGUAUUGGUCAACAAUGCCGGAAUAUGCACUUUGAAACACUUCGAAGAGUGCACAAUCGAAGAGGACAAGGCUAUGUUUGAGGUCAACGUGUUUGGACAUGUGUCGCUCACCCGACUCGUUCUUGUCAACGCAACGGAGGCGGGAAGAAAGGUGCACAUUGUGGCCACAAGCAGCAUCAGUGGAACACAAGGCAGUUGUGUGGCUCCAGUGUAUGCUGCAACCAAGCAUGCGAUUCAGGGUUACUUCGAGAGUGUCAUGGUGCAAGGGCAGGUGACCGGUAUGAUCGAUGUGACAAUUGUGUGCCCAGGACCAGUGCUGACAUCACUAAUGGAUAACGCCCAGGGCUCGAUAUCGGAUGAACCAGCACAGAAGGUAGCUGGCGUGUUACUUCCAGACCGUUGUGCCGAGCUGAUGUCUGUGGCAAUCGCAAACAAACUUAAUACUGUCUGGAUCUGUGAAAACCCUGUCCUGGUGCUCUUCUACUGGAACCAGUACGUACCCGGCAUCUAUCAAAGAUACAUUGUUUCGCGGCUACCUUGGAACAAGGCUGGUGUGCACAAGAAAAAAAAGUAAACGGCGUUGUUAAUGUUUAAUGGAUCUCAAUUCUUUGCUUGGUACAGCAUCUCUCAUUGUCCAAGCUAAUUAAAGAAGCUGUCCCCCAGGAACAAGUUUGGCCACACUUUUUGAUGUUUGUUGAUGACCUAUCUACUACUGCUGUUAAAGGGGCUCUGCAGCAACGAUUUUACAAGGACAGUAGACUAUCGGUACAUUGAAAUAUGUGAAUAUAUGAAAUUUGUUAUGA